AGUACAAUUGACGUUUACAAGUGUGUGUGAUCCUAACCAUCCUAACUAUACAUAAGUGUGAAGUAUAGUAAACAGCAUAAAGGACGUAAUAAUCCGAUCGCUAUUGUCUAAGCUAUGUAUAAAUAAUUACUAAAAUUGGCGAUUGUAAUUUGAAAGAGACAAUUGAUAAACAUAUAGCAGAAUGGCAUCUGAUCAAAAUAGUAUUGCUCAGAAAACAUGGGAGUUAUCGAACAAUGUUGAAACCAUUAGCACUAUAGAUGAAAUUUACAGAUAUGACAGAAAAGAGCAACAGGAUAUAUUAACUGCCAAACCAUGGGAAAAGGACCCUCACUUCUUCAAAGACAUAAAAAUAUCAGCACUAGCCUUAUUAAAAAUGGUUAUGCACGCUCGAUCUGGAGGAACGCUAGAAGUGAUGGGCCUUUUACUUGGCAAAGUAGCAGCAAAUACAAUGAUUGUGAUGGAUUCUUUUGCGUUGCCGGUUGAGGGAACGGAAACUAGAGUAAACGCUCAAGCCCAAGCUUACGAAUAUAUGACAGCUUAUAUAGAAGCAGCUAAACAAGUCGGUCGACAAGAAAAUGCUAUUGGUUGGUAUCACAGCCAUCCUGGAUAUGGCUGUUGGUUGUCUGGUAUCGAUGUGUCCACCCAAAUGCUCAAUCAAAACUUUCAAGAACCAUUUGUUGCUAUUGUCAUCGAUCCUGUGAGAACGAUCUCCGCCGGCAAAGUUUGCCUGGGUGCAUUCAGAACUUACCCGAAGGGAUACAAACCAGCAAACGAAGAGCCGUCGGAAUAUCAGACAAUACCGUUGAACAAAAUCGAGGAUUUUGGCGUUCAUUGCAAACAAUACUACUCUUUGGAAGUGUCUUACUUCAAAUCUUCGUUGGACAGACGAUUGCUCGACUCACUGUGGAACAAAUAUUGGGUGAACACUCUGAGCUCUUCCAGUCUUUUGACCAAUGCGGAUUACACCACUGGCCAAAUAUUCGAUUUGUCGGAUAAACUGGAGCAGUCGGAGUCGGCAUUGGGCAGAGGAUUUGUCCUUGGUGGUACGGAUCCCCAUGAUCGUAGCACCGUCGAGAAGCUCAUAAAAGCGACCAGAGACAGUUGUAAAACCACCAUUGAAGUUAUUCACGGUUUAAUGGCGCAGAUCAUUAAGGACCGACUUUUUAAUCAUGUUGGCGGCAACGCGACUUGCGAUCCUCAACAAAAUUGUCAACAAGAAUAAAAUCCUGUGUAAUGUGUGUGAUAAUAAUUCCGAUACAACGUGUGUAUUUAUAAUAAAGACAUAUGUAUCCUGCUUAUAAAAUUGAGAUCCAUAGAACAAUUACUUCACAAGCCAACUAAAAUUACCUGGCUAAUUAGAAUAAUAUCGUUAAGUUCUUUUUACAUCUUUAUAGAAGCGUUUGAAAUGUACGAACGACAGAGAAACUCUAAAAGCACAUUGUGGAAUAAAAAUACAUUUUUAUUUUCACACCUUGAUUCGCUAGAAAGUA